AUGGCAAAGAAAAUUAGUGUUUUACAAGGCGGUAGUAUUUACUUCUUCUAUCGUCCAAAAAUCGAAAGCGACCCCAAAGAAGUACAACGUUUUUUUUUCGUCUUACAACCCCAAAACCAACCUAAAUAUCAAUUGCUAAUUGUCGGAAAAAAACAAUUACCUCCUACCGAAAAAAACAAUUAUUUUUUGUUUUUGGAAGCCAUUAAAAAUAAGAAGGAAGAAUUAUUGUCGGCGUUAAGUGAAAAACAAUAUUCAACUAAAAUCAGAGGUGAGCGAACUUUACCAGUUUCCCAUUGCCUUGGAGCCGGAAAAUAUUUAUUGGUGGUUCAUAACGACCAUACUCAUUUUAUAUAUCAGUUAACUAAUCCUUCGCAAGUUAGAGAAAUUCAAAAGGAGUUUAAUUUACAAAAGGAGGAUGAUUAUUUAAUUAGUAUCAAAAAUCCCCAAGCGGCUACCUCCCCCGGUGUUGGGCUGACGGAAAAGCAAAAAGUUAAAUUUCCUCCUUCUUUACAAAAUAAAUUUACCAAUUAUUCAUUUAUCCCUCUUACUACUAGCGAAUUUUUGGAUUAUGAAGGAGUGGAGUUAUUAUUAAUUUCCAAGGGAAAAGAAAGUUUAGUCGACCGAGAAAAUGAAGUAGAGUCCUGUCUCAAAAAAAUUCACCCCGAUAAUUUGUUAGAUGAAUUUGCUAAAAUAAGCUCUCCGGAGGCUCUAACUCCAAUUAAAGAAAAAUAA